AUGCGGUGCGCUGCUGAAGCAGCCAGGAAGGUGGUUGCACGCAUGCGUGCAGACGAAGAGAACACUUUUCAAGCCUCAGCAGCAGUUGAUCCUUCACCUGAUGUUGCGAUUCAGCAACAGGCAGUUCCUGUUGCGACUAGUCUACGUGGUAAGUCACUACCUGCGACAGAUACAUCCGAUGCAUCUGCAGCGGAUGUCGCUACUCGCAAUGUGGAUGAUUCUAAAAUAGAGCUUGUCUAUUCUGGCAAUUCGGAUGCCUUAUCCGACUCGAAGGCGGCGCCUCCGGCCUCUGAAACACCCGGGGUGGACGUUAAAGAGACAGGUUGA